AUGCCUGGAAAUUUCCAAUGUUCAUUUACGAAUCCUUGCAACACCCCACGUGUUGCGUACCAUUUUUCUAGCAAGCGACAAACUUUGAUUAGAGACGUGAAAUCCGUCGACUACAUUCGAAACGAUUUAGCAGACAGCGGACGCGUCGUAUCUUUCGUUGAAAACGGGAAGCGUGUUUCAGAUAAAUCUCCGACACACGCGGCGGACGGUUCUCUGUGUCCGCUUUUUCAUUGCGUCGUCGUUUGUGAAACCGUCGAGAGAAGCGCACGGCCACUCAGAAUGCGUUCUACGUCGUUACCGGUUCUCCUGUGCAUUUUCAAGUGCAUCGGUGCCGUGCUCGCGGUAUGCACAAUGGGCAAACACGACGGAGGUGAGGUACAUUCUUUCAGUGAACGUGUACAAUGCCUGAACACCACGUUGGACACGGUACUGAACGAAACACCGUCGGACAUUUCCGCGAUAAUGAUUUUCAACUCGAAUCUACGGUACAUUCCGGAACGAGCGUUCGUCAAGUAUUCAAGGAGUCUGCAAUCCCUGAAUAUCCACAAGUGUCAGUUCCGUGACAUCCACAUGGGAGCAUUCGACGGGUUGUCGAGCCUGAAGAAGCUUAGUCUACCGAACAACAAUAUUUCCAAUGUGAAGGAGGAGUGGUUCAAGGACACGGUGUACCUGGAGCAACUGGACCUGUCCUACAAUCAUAUCACCAGACUCGAAUCCACGAUAUUCUCGAGGAUGCUGCUGCUGAAGCGUCUCGACAUCAGGGAGAAUCGUCUGACAUGCUUCGACUACAAAGGAUUACCCGGGGGUAUCGACAAGGUCUACUUCUCCGGGAAUCCAUUCACCUUCAAGUGUCGCGGACAGCUAACAUUGUGGAUGCGGGACCACGGAGUGAGUUACAAGACCGAACAGAGCGAGAAAGAGACCUGGUUGGAUAAGCUGCUUUGGCUCUGCGCCAUCGACAACCCGGAGGUCGCCGAAUCCGAGAUCCUGAUCAAGGAAUGCGUCAUUCUGAGUCUGUUCAAUCAGCUACGCACCGGUCUAUCCACCGCGGAAUCGUACCCUUUGUUCGUCUCCGGGGAAUGCCAGGAAGCUAGGAAUCGUCUGACGGACUGCGUCGCCAACGAGGCUCAGAACCAACGAACGUACACAAAUGGAAACGUGAUCGCGAAACUAUUUUUGUAUCUGCGGGAAGCUAAGUCAGCCUGA